AUGGAGUGGACAAAAACCCAAUACAACACACUCUACGAAACCUGGGUUCCCUACCUCGAAGACCUCUACCUCCGCUACUUCACCCGCGACAACAAAGCAAGCUACACCACCAAAGAAAACCUCGACAAAACAAAAGUAACCGGCAUCUCCCAAGCCGACACCCUCCAAGACAACAUCCACACCACUGCCUCCUCCCAGCUCGGCCAGGACGGCCUGGGCAGACCAGUCGGCGAUUUACUCUCCAGGGAGGGAGUCAACAGGCUUGAGCGAAAGGGCAAGGAUGGUCAGGGCGGGUAUGUCCCCGGGGGAAACAGCAAUGCCGUCAGCGGGGCGGGGAAUACCCUUGUUGGUGGUGUUGUUGAGGGAGGGAAGACGGUGGGCAGCGGGGUGGUGAAUGGGGGGAAGGCGGCGGGGGGUUGGUUGGGGUUUGGGAAGAAGGAGCAGAAGUAA